UUGCUCUCUUUAGGCAUCUCAUCCUUCUCUAGCAAAGUUGCAAUUAUCAAUUGUGAUAUAUAAGAAAUUCCUUCCAUAAGAUUGAAAGUUACCAAAAAGGAAAAGACAUGGACAAAAUGCUGGGCAUGAUCUUCUUUGGUGUUUUAGCCGUUGCAAGUAUGAUGCAAGACGCAACAGCCCAAACGGUGCAUGUGGUCGGGGACAACAUGGGUUGGAUCAUACCGAACGAUGGCGCAGCAGCUUACACAAAUUGGGCUGCUGGGAAAACAUUCAGGGUUGGAGACACUCUAGUAUUCAAUUUCACGACCGACCGACAUGACGUGUUGCAAGUAGAAAAAACUUCGUUCGAUGGAUGCAAUUCGAACAAUGCCAUAGGGAAUGCCAUAAUGACAGGACCAGCAAAUAUGAUUCUCAACUCUACAGGAGAUCACUACUAUAUUUGCACUUUUGGUACCCACUGCCUAAAUGGCCAGAAAUUGGCUAUUACAGUUUCCAGCCGCACUAGUCCUCCAGGAGCCAAUCCGCCUAACCCGAGCAAUCCAAUUGUGCCUUCACCAUCCUCUUCCAGACAACCAGAAGCUUGUGCACCUACACCAUCUGCUGCUGGACCAUCAAAUUCUGUUCCCGGUGGUCCUGCUCCUCCUUCUCCUUCGUCCUCAACAACCGUGUUGGCCAGUUUUGUACUCAGUCUAUCCUCCAUUGUCUUGGCCACUUUUCUUUAAAUUGGGCAAUUUGCGGUUUAAUUUUGAGCUUCCUAGUUUAUACUACAAUUAAAAUAAUCUUGUGAUGGAUUUUAUUUUUUUUGGUUUA